CUAAUGAAGUGGCAUCAGGAGGUGCCUACGCUUCCACAGCCUGGGAGGGCGCAGUGAAAUGCUUAUUAACCAAGGCGGGCUGUCCUGUCCUGACCCCAGACACUAAAGGCUGUUUGCAUCGGGCUCAUGGGUUUCUUCCUAGCCACUCUCAGGGACAGGAGUGCUCGGUGAAGAAGUAUGUGGUGGUCCAUGGAGCUUCCAUUCACCAACCUGGAAAUGGCAUUCAUUUUAUUGGCCUUUGUUAUCUUUUCAUUAUUUACUGCGGCUUCCAUCUACACUAAUCCGGACGAGAGGAAUGAAGGUAAAAAGAGAGAGCUCUUCAUGAUAUACAACAGUUACAGAAAAAGCCAUAGUAAUUUUUACAUGAGAAUACAAAAGGUGUACACUUUCCCAAAUGUGAUAAGACAGGAGUAA